UAAGUUUUGUUUUCGUGCACUAUCUCCCCGAAAAGCGACCCUCAUUCGGGUCGCCAGUGUCAAGAUUUCUCCUUCACGGUCAUGGCGAGAAAAAAGGGGACGUCGGGAUGCUGAUCGGUUUGUAGAUCCCGCGCAGUACGGUCCAUAGCGCCAAAAAGUGAUGCAGUUGAGUGCGUAGGUGAUUUCCAAGCAGAUGGAUGUGUUCAAAAUGUUACUGGCCAAGUGCAGGUCGGUGGUGCGAAUUCGCCUGACAUCGAUAGCGAUUACGAAACAGCGUGCUCCACCGCCGUCAGGGGACUCUUCCGCAGCCGAUCGGAUGAGAAUGGGCUCAUUCACUUCGGCCCCACAGAUCAAGAACGUCGAUUACCAGGAUGACAAGCUGGAAAUCACCGAAGGCAUGUCGGUGUCGGAUCUCGUCGAGUACUGCCGGAUAGCGCGUGGGGACGACCGGCCGCAGCUGGUCAAGCGAAAGUUCCUCAAACCGAUCGACCGGCUCAACGGCAGCGAUCUUACCGAUGGGUUCAAGAUGCUCAAAUUGGAUUCCAUUUCAAAAACAUGCAGCGAACCAUCAUUGACUGCUACACAGCUUCGAGUAUUUCAAUGGAACAUGCUUUCACAAACACUUGGCAUGCAUAACGAUGGCUUCGUACGUUGCCCUGUGGAAGCACUAACUUGGGAUUGCCGACGGUAUCAACUGAUCGAGGAAAUUGUACAAAACGACCCUGACAUCAUCUGCCUUCAGGAGGUGGAUCACUUUAAGUUUCUACAGAAGAUCCUAAGUGCGCAGGGUUACGAAGGUGUUUUCUUUCCGAAACCCGACUCACCCUGUCUUUACAUUAAUGGUAACAAUGGACCGGACGGCUGUGCCGUAUUUUACAAGAAGGACCGCUUGGAGAUGGUAAACCACUUCACGCGGAUACUGGAGGUAUGGCGUGUGCAAAGCAAUCAGGUAGCGAUCGCGGCCGUCCUGCGAACACGUGACACUAACCAGGAACUGUGUGUCACUACGACGCACUUGAAGGCGCGCAAGGGCGCUCUAUUGUCGAAGCUGCGCAACGAGCAGGGCAAGGACUUGCUAUACUUCAUCGAUGGCAUUGCAGGCAACCGACCGGUGAUACUGUGUGGCGAUUUUAACGCGGAACCGAUCGAACCGAUCUACAGCACGGUACUGAACUACAAACCGCUCGGGUUGGCCAGUGCGUACGCGGACCUACUGGCCAGCGAAGAGGAGGCCAAUGGUGGGAGCCUUACAAACGUAUCGUCACAGGACGAGAACAACCAGAACGCAGCAAAUCUCAGGCCACACAGUAGCAGUGCCGGAAGUCGAAGUGGUAGUAUCGGCUCAGCGCACAGUGUCGGCGAUGAGUGUGGCCUUUCCAAUGGGGUGAAAACGAAAGCGGAACUGUCGGCCACAUACGAACCUGCCUACACAACGUGGAAAAUUCGCGAGGAGGGAGAAGUUUGUCACACGAUCGAUUAUGUAUUUUAUUCCAAGGAUAAGGUCACGGUGAAAAAUUGUUUAAUGUUCCCUUCUGGUGAAGAGAUCGGUGUCGAUAGGACGCCAAGCUUCCUGUAUCCUUCCGAUCACUUUUCGCUGUUGUGCGACAUCGAGCUGAAACCUCCGACGGAAAGCAUUCAAACGGUGGCCACCAGCAGUACACAACCACCGAACCAUCAGUUAUAAUUUACCGCCACUCAACUAUGCCCCGCUCACGUAAUUGAAAUCGACAAGCAAGGCUUCCACGACGAAACAGACGAGCUAAAGGCGCACUAAGUAGUGCUUAGACUUGAUUGUCGACAGGUCCAUUAGGCGCGAAAGGCUGACAAUUUGGUUUCAGAUCUGUUAGGAAAAUGCUAAAAAAAAUCAACUGAUUUGGUUUCAAACAUGCCUGCGCUAUAGCCUUCUUUCGUGCAGACCCACGAGUCGUUUACAAGGAUUGUAAAAAGGUGAAUUGGGUGCAUGGUUUUAGUUUAAUUUUUGUGAUAGCUUCUGUGAUUGUGCAAGAUAUGCAGUGCAUAAAGGUGUCAGACACAGGCAAACAACGCUACUGGAAAUAGGGUUCUAGGUUUAGGAAACGUGCGUUUUGUGUACAAUUAUCUUUGUUCUUGUUUUUUUCGUGCUACAAACACCUAACCGGGUCGAUUUUGACGUUAAUCAUUUUCGUUUUAAAAAGUUUAACAAGAAAAUGAAUUCUGCCAUAUUUUAACUAUUUUCAGCGACAGGAAAAAUGAUACUUCAGUGUGUUUUCACGUUGCUUUGAAAGCGCAUGUAAGCUUCAUUCAAAUUUAAAUUUCGACGACCGCGCAACAGAGGCCAAGCAGAAAGUCCUGAAAUCCUGGAUCAC